AUGAAUAGCCCUCAUGGUGAGGAUCCUGCCACCUCCGCUGGAAACGGCCACGACAUUCCUUCCGCAUCGUUCCGCAAGCUUCUCAGCUCGCAUCUGUCCAUCUACAACGCGCUCACCAACCCUGACCUUGACCUCAAUCUCCCUAAUCUUCCUGGCUCUCCCCUGCGCAAUGAGCGUUACACACCGCCACCAUUGGACUUCCCUGUGGCCAUGGAGCCACUAGCAUCGUUCCCACUGUGGCUGCCUAUAAAUAUGGUCCCCGAGGGCAAGGAUUUGGCCCUUCAGAUGCUUGCAUCCUCUGCGUCUCCUAGACCUGCUAGUGCAUCUAUUUUAUCCAUCACCUCCGAGGAAGACAACCCUUCGGACUCCAUGGUGGUGGUGCCCUCGCUCAAGAAUGCAACUUCCAAGGUUAUGGUAUUUGAGACCGAUGAGGAGGACGACGGUGACGAGUAUACUUAUGUGGGUAGUCUGAAAUCGGCUUACUUGCACGGUGACGAUAAGACGCUCACAAGUAACAGUGGAAACACGAAGAGGCACGUUUCGGCUCCUAAAAAUCUGCACAGCCUGUUCAUCAUGCCGAAAAUGUCCUUGUCUGAUAGUGGGAAACCCGUGCAAUUGACCAUUCUCAGCACCUGCAAUGAUGCACUUAAAGUCGAAACCCAGGCCAUGAUCGAUUACAUCAAGAACAACAUGGAUAUGCCCCUGAAGGUUCAAGUGCAUCACUUGGUCAUUGCGCAAUCACCUCUGAAGUUCGAUAUUUCGGUGUUGCGCAACUCAAACUUGCUUUUCCUCGUCAAUGAUGGUUCAUUGUUGUUCAUUGAAUUUAUGGACGCUUUGCUCCAAGGUGGCUGCGAAAAUUCGCUUCCAAAACUCACUGUCAUCAAUAUUAUGACGACAAACUACUUCAUCAAUUUGUUCGACAUGAUCAAUAACACCCGUCCGCAUCAGAUUUGGAAAACUCCAUCUCUUAGGAGUACUAAAUUGUUGUGCAAAAUGAAGACGUACAUUGAUGAGGAGUUAAGCGACGGAACCAAAGGUAGACACGCUCAGGAAUUUCAGACUCGUUCUAAGAAGUACACCAGAAACAAAAAGCCUGAAUGCCCCCAGUCUACCACAGAAUCGAGUUCCAUGUAUGACAGCUUGACUCCAACAAGAAAGCCCGACUACAAGUUGAUCGAAAAACAAAUUCGAUCCGAAAUGCUGAUGUCUCUGAGUUACACCAAUAUUGAUCCUUUGCGGUUAUCGUCCAACUUGAGCCAUUUGAGAGCACUUGUGGGCGCAUUCAAGCGAUACUUUAGUUCAAGUUCUUCAAGCCUGGUGCCUGAAGAUAAUGAAGGUCUCGCUAUUAUUCGAAGAAAUAUGUGGCUCAUUUGCAGCUUCUCUGUUGGCAUUGGUGUUGGAGUUACUGUGGCCAGUGGUGCAGUUACCUCACUAGGGAAGGGCCUAAGUGAUCUUGUCAGAAACUUACAACCUGUUCAAACAAGUACUAACGGUACUUACCAGCAGUUAGUGGCUGCGGAAAGUUCUGUGGGAACAUUUGCAACAUCUGAAAUGGCAGAAAAAUUGAUGGACACUGUCAGUGAGUGUGGCUGUCAUAUAUCCAAGGUUGCAGUUGAAAGUAUCCAAAUACUCACUGAUAACACAAUUGUCAACUCAGUUAUUGACUACUGA